AUGAAAAAAGAAACUCCUGGCGUAGCUGAAGCUGCUCCGAAGCCGAGCAGGAGAGUGUAUGUCCCACCCAGCCGUCGCAAUCAGAUCGACGGCAGUGGGAACAACACCAGCGCCUUCGCCAGCAACAACCGCGGAGACAACAGGACCGCGCGCAGCUUCAAUGAAGAAAACCGCAGGAACAUCUUAGACCCGGCCGGGACCAGCGGCAACGCUGGCUCCUACCAGCGCCGCGACCGUUUCGGCGACCGUUCUGCCAUCGGUCAGCGCGACAGAGGCUCGUACCCGUCACCUUGGGCAACUAGAAAUGGGCGGAGGUACCAGAAGGAGUCGGAAGAAGAAGUGUUCGGGGACAUGGAGACCUGCACUCACGCGGGCAUCAACUUCGGCUCGUACGAGAAUAUCCCGGUCGAAAUGACCGGUAACAAAUCCAACACCAUCCAGCCCGUAGAAGAUUUUGAAAAUGGCAUUCAUGAGUUGCUCAUGGUCAACAUCCGCCGCGUUAACUACACGAGGCCGACACCGAUCCAGAAGCAUUCCAUCCCAGUUAUCAUGGCGGGGCGCGACCUUAUGGCGUGCGCACAGACUGGUUCCGGGAAAACGGCGGCGUUCUUGUUGCCCAUUUGCACAGCCAUGCUUAGAGACGGGCCCCCUGAGGCCAGCUCAUACGGCAACCGCAUUGCCAUGCCGGUGUGUCUAGUGCUGUCGCCCACUCGUGAGUUGGCGAUGCAGACAUUCAAUGAGGCGCGCAAGUUCAUCUACGCCACAGGGAUUCGUGCUGUGGUGUUGUAUGGAGGUAGCGAAGUUCGCAAACAGCUACUCGAUUUGGAGCGCGGCUGUGACAUUUGUGUGGCAACGCCUGGUCGCCUGGCUGACUUCAUUGAGCGUUGCAAGGUCGAGCUCAAAUGUGUCAAGUAUCUGGUUUUGGACGAAGCUGAUCGCAUGCUUGAUAUGGGUUUCGCACCCCAAAUCCGAAACAUCGUCAACAACAGGUCCAUGCCUCAGGUGGGAAGACAGACCGUGAUGUUCAGUGCUACGUUUCCCAAAGAGAUUCAGCAACUGGCACGCGAUUUCUUGCACGACUACCUCUACUUGGCGGUUGGUCGCGUGGGGUCAACCAACGAGUUCAUUCGACAGCGCCUGUUGUAUGCUGACGAGGAGCAGAAAAACCGCUACCUCAUUAAGCUUCUCAGAGAAAACGCUAAUGGCCUCGUGCUGAUAUUCGUGGAGACGAAAAGGCGCGCGGAUACUAUCGAGGCCUUCUUGCUGAGGGAAAAUUUCAUGGCGGUCAACAUUCACGGUGACCGCAGUCAGCAGGAUCGCGAAGAGGCGCUGCGCCUGUUCAAGACGGGCGAACGCCCCAUCCUUGUGGCUACAGACGUCGCGGCAAGAGGUUUGGACAUCAACAACAUCACACACGUGAUCAACUGCGACCUGCCGUCAAACAUCGAUGACUAUGUGCACCGCAUCGGUCGUACCGGUCGCGCGGGUAACGUAGGUAUUGCCACCUCGCUGGUCAACGAGACCAACCGAGGAAUCUUGAGAGACUUGCUUGCCCUGUUGGAGGAAUCCAAUCAAGAGGUUCCUCAGUGGUUCCAAAAAAUGGUUACCGCUCAAGCAUUUUCAUCCGGUGGCCGCGACCACGGGAAGCGUUCAUCGGGCGGGAAAUUCAGCCGCCAAUUUGUCUCCCGCGAUGUGCGCGGCCACGCUGAGUCCGUUACUUUUAACCAGGGGACUAAAGGUCGCGGAAAUAGCGGAUACUCUCAGCAGAACAAGAAUUCUGCCUUCCACGAAGCGGACGAUGAAUGGUGGUGA